AUUAUAUGUAUCCAAUUAAGGAUAUCCGAUUCCUAACGGAUACGGAUUUGGUAAUUGUAUAUCCGAUCCGUGUUAAAUCCGACCCGAAUAUGCAUCCGUUUAAAUAACCGUUUAUCCAAAUAUCUGAUCCGUUAUAUAUAGUUUUUCCAAAUUUUUUAUGUUUAUAUUUUGUUUCUCUAUUGAUAUUUCAAAGUAUAAAACAUUUUUAUGCACAAAAUAAAUGUGUAGACGCCGGUGCCGCAGCCAUCACCUUUCCAGCCCCAGCUGGUCAGCACCAUGGCCCCUGUCAACUUGGCCGGCGCACUUAACGCUGCAGGGCCAUCGCGUCCCCCGCAAGUUACGAAUCCGCAGAUCACUCCUGAUAGUCAUUGCGUCUCAAUUGAGAGCGAUGACGGCGAGUGGGACAUCCCGAGGGCCCACAAGAAGAAGAAAGGAAAAAACAUCCGGCCAGCGACCUCCCGAAACUCCGCCUUCGAAAGACUGGGGGAUAGGGAGGAAGGCCAGAGGAAGUCAGCCAAGCAAAGGUUGGGGCAGAGCGUUGCCCAUGUCAGCGCGUUUGCCCGGCUAGGCGAGGUGCGGGAGGCCGAGCCUGCCCGCACCCGGCGCUCCCGGUCUAACCGGCAUGAGCCAGCAAGGACGAGGGCCUCUCGUCAAGAAGAGGAAGCAGAGAGCCAGCCCAGGUUACCGGUGGCAAACCGGUUGGCCAUCCCAAAUGACCGCGUCCAGCAGAUGGAGGCAAAAUUGGAAAGGCUGGAAAAGAAGGUCAGGGAGAAGAAUGACCGGGACAAACCCUUGGCGGGGUCCCCGUUCACCACAAGGGUCCAUCUAACACCUUUCCCGCGAAAGGUUAAGAUCGACGCCCCUAGAUUCACCGGGAAGGAAGAGCCGGAAAUCCAUCUAGACUCCUUCAACCAGAGUGCGACCAUGAACGGUUGCACCGAUGAAGAAAAGUGCCUACUUUUCUUCCAGACCUUGCGGAACCGAGCCACUGAAUGUACAGCCGGGCAGAGGGAGUCUAAGAACCUUACUCAGUUCCUUACCCGGUGGAAGGAGGAGGUAGCCAAGGUGGAAGAGAUGGAUGACAAGACCGUCCUAUCCCUCCUCUUGAAUGGCUUGCGUGCCGGGGAACUAUACAAGGAGUUCUGCCGGAGACCCCCAGCUACAUACCAAGAGGCCUACCACACUGCAUGGGAGUUUGCUGAAGCUGAAACCCAGCUCCGGGCAAAGAGAGAAGCUGAGCAUGGUCACAAGUCCAAGCCGGUGCAAGUCAAGAAGGAAGAAGCACCGGGACCUAGCCGGCCGAGGCACCACUAUAACCCGGUCGUCCGUAUGGUCAAUGCGGAAGAAUGCCAAGAAAUCCGAAAAGCACCGGUCAUUUCUCCAGAAAAUGCUACCGGUCAAACCGGGCGGCAGUGGUCGGGAACCUAUUGUUCGUACCACAGGUCGGAUUCCCAUAACACCUCCGAAUGCAAAAGUGUUAAGGGGGUCAUCCGGCAGAUGAUCAACAGUGGAGAGCUGGGCAAAGAUUACUUGCAGAAAGCCCAGGAGAAGAGUCAUCAAUGGGGUGGAGAUUCAGCCGCGCAGCGGAAGAACUGGGUCCGGAGCAUUUACGUUGGUGAGGUAAGUGCUGAACUGCCAUGGCGUAAGCAUACUAGAAGGGAGCCGAUCGUCUUUACUGACCGAGAUCUCCCUCCUACCGGUGAAGAUCACAAUGAUCCAUUGGUCAUCACCAUGGACAUUAAUGGGGUGGAUGUCGCCCGGGUACUUGUUAACACCGGGAGCAGCGUCAACAUCUUGUACUUAGAGACUUUCCAAAAACUCAGGUUGUGUCGGACACAACUUGAACCCCUCAAAACCCCUCUCUCAGGCUUCACGGGGGACACCGUUGAAGCUGAAGGAUUCAUAGUUCUACCGGUCGAACUAGGAUCAGGUGAAAAGACCGUGUGGAAGAAGAUGCGGUUCAUAGUCGUGGACAUCAAAUGCGUCCACAACGCAAUUCUUGGAAGGCCAGGCAUCAAUAUGGUCGGGGCGGUGAUUUCCAUGCCCCACCUGUGCAUGAAGUUCCACACUCCAGGUGGUGUGGGUGAAGUGAAGGGCGACCAGAGGAACGCCCGGGAGUGCUAUGCCCGGGCAGUCAAGAAGAUGACCAAGGGGGUCAAUGUCAUCUCCCAAGAAAUCACAAAGGGAGAGACCCGGGAGAAAUUGGAGCCCGAGGCCGAGACGGUGGAAAUCGAGCUUCACCCGGGUGAUUCUUCGAGGAUGGUCAGAAUUGGAGCAAAUCUCUCCGAGGAUCUCAAGGCACAGAUUACACGGGUCCUCCAAGAAUACGCGAGCAUAUUCGCAUGGAGCGUGGCGGAUAUGCCCAGAAUAGAUCGCUCUGUUAUCUGCCACCGGUUGGCCGUGAGGGAAGGAAGUCGACCGGUACGUCAGAAGAAGCGGUACCUGGCCAGUGACCGGCGAGACUUCGUCAAGAAGGAAGUGAAGGACCUGCUCAGUGUUGAAUAUGAAGCUCUGGCUGGAGGGCUCAGACUUGCCCAAGCCCUGAAAAUCAGCCGGGUCAGUAUCAAAUCCGACUCUAGCCUGAUUGUUGGGCAAGUGACCGAGAAUGCGGAUGCAGACCUUCUCUCCAAGUUGACGCAGUAUGCUCCCGAGCAUGUUUCAAAACUUGCCCGGGUAGAGAUCCUUGACCGUGCAAGCAUCGAAAAAUUGGAAGUCGCCGCUAUAACGGCCGGAAGCCAAUCUGACCGGUCAAACUUGGUCGGGGCGGACGACCAUUGGAUGUAUGAUCUGAUGGAAUAUUUGAUGGAUGAGAGCUUGCCAGAACAAGAUAACCGGGCAAGAAAAGUGAAGCUCGGGGCACCCCGAUUCCAGGUUCUCGAUGGAAAGCUGUAUAAAAGGGCAUUUGGGGGGCCACUCCUGAGAUGUCUAACCAACCGGGAGGCUGAGAGAGUCAUAGCGGAGGUACACGAAGGCGUAUGCGCGGCGCAUCAAAUGUCCCGUACGCUUUCCCAACACAUCAUCUUGUUGGGGUAUUACUGGCCAACAAUUGUCCAGGAUUGUGAAAGGUACGUUGAGAAAUGCACGACGUGCCAAGUAUUCUACAAGUAUCCUGGUAGACCGGCGACCUACUACCACCCCGUAUCGAAUGCCAUCCCGUUCGCUAGAUUCGGCGUUGAUAUCAUUGGAGCCUUCCCAAUCGCCCAAGGAGGGAAGAAGUUCGCAAUCGUAGCCAUCGAUUACUUCACCAAAUGGAUCGAGGCCGAAGCGUUGGCCAACAUUACCACGCAACAAUGCAAGAAAUUCAUUUGGAAGAACAUCAUCACGAGGUUUGGAGCACCCAUGAACCUCAUCACCGACAACGGCCCACAAUUCCGAAAUCCGAGGUUCAUCGAAUAUUUGGAGGGCUUCGGAAUCAAGCACAAUCGCUCCUCAGUAGCGUACCCCCAAGGGAAUGGCCAAGUCGAAAACGCCAACCGAACAAUUGUGGAUGGUCUAAAGAAACGGCUGGGAGAAGCAGGAAACAAGUGGCUGGAAGAGCUCCCACACAUCGUAUGGGCAUUCCGAGUAACACCCAGGAGGGCUCACGGGGAAACUCCAUUCUCCCUAACCUAUGGGUGUGAAGCAAGGCUGCCCAUCGAAGCUGAAUUCCCAACGUUCCGGGAAUCGAAUUAUCAACCCCAACAAAAUGAAGAAGACCACUUGGCCGAGCUCAACUUGGUCGAAGAACGAAGAAUGGCCGCGGAAGUUAAAAUGAGUACAUACCAACAAGUUGUGAAGAAGUACCAUGACAACAAGGUUGGGCCGCGGUACUUCCAAGUUGGGGAUGAAGUCCUACGAAGAAGAGAAGCAAGUAGACCCGGCGAUGGAGGAAAGCUGGCAAAAAACUGGGAAGGCCCAUACAGGGUUAGAGCCAUCAUUCGACCAGGAACGUAUCGAUUAGAAACUUUAGAUGGUGCACCGGUAGAAAGAACUUGAAAUUCCCACCAUUUUCGCAAGUUCUACAAAUGAUUGUAAUACUAGGCGAGGCCUAACCACAUUAUCAAUCAAAGUGACGUUCAAUA